AUGGCGAAUGAGAGUAAUGUUGGACUCGAAAUCACCGAACUACGACUAGGUCUUCCCGGCGACAUCACCGUCUACGGUGGAUCCAUCAUCGGAAAGAAGAGGGUAUCUACGGAAGUGGAAAGUGACUUGAAGUGUGAACCGGCGACAAAGAGUCAAGUUGUGGGAUGGCCACCGGUUUGUUCGUACCGGAGAAAGAACACUCUCGAACGGAACAUGACUUCGUACGUGAAAGUGAGUGUAGACGGAGCUGCGUUUCUAAGAAAGAUUGAUUUGGAAAUGUACAAGUGUUACCAAGAUCUCUCCUCCGCUCUGCAAAUUCUAUUCGGAUGCUUCAUCAAUUUUGAUGAUACACUGAAGGAAAGUGAAUGCGUCCCAAUAUAUGAGGAUAAAGAUGGAGACUGGAUGCUUGCUGGUGAUGUUCCUUGGGAAAUGUUCAUUGGAACAUGCAAGAGGUUAAGGAUUAUGAAGAGAUCAGUCAAUAAAGAGUGA